AUGCUGGUACCUACGCAAAACGAAUCUAAGUUACUGGCCUGCUCUUUCUUCACUCACACUCUCCUGGCGGCGUACUGGGCGCAGUCAGAGCUAGGCGAUUGGAACCUCCACAUCGUGGAUUCCAGUCCGUCGUCAGAGUACCUGACGUCCCUCUGCCUCGCUGCGCCCCCUCUUGUUGCCUCUUGCGAUGACGCCGACGGUGGCGGUUUGUUGGAGGCGGAGGAGCGGCGGUGGAGCGCUUCCCGCACCGGACCGCCUCAACCACCCCCUUUGGUACACCUCACCACGCCCUUCCUUCAACAAGUCGCCUUCUUCCACCGUGCUCUCAGGGGUUUAAUUCCGUCGCGUGCUGAUUUACUUUUCCUUCAAACAGCACGAAAAUUGGCAACCUAUGGAAUAGAUUUUCACCGGAUCCAGCAAUAUCCGUACUUCCUUGGUGUGUUCCACGGCGGAAUUUAUAUCUAUCGGGGUCGUCUACGCUUGGAGUAUCAUCCAUGGUCGGCAAUCGUGAAGAUGGCCUAUCGACGUGCUUCAUUCCGACUGUAUUUACGGCUUACCAACUCCGAGAAGGAUGGGAUGAUUCGCAUGGUCAGGUACGAAUGUGGCACAACGGCUCUAGCGAAACGCAUCUAUCGUUCCUGCGUUGAUCACCAUGCUCUCUUUCGAUUGCAUCGAUUGGAAGGAGGAGAGAAGGCAGUUUCAUGGACCUCUCGAGAGCCCUUUCCGUUUCCCACGAGCACGAAGCUGAGGCGGCUACACCCUACUACCGCCACUGGCUCCUUAUCGCCAACCCCCUCCUCUGCUGCUGCCGUGGUCAGCUCCCCCAACAGCGUCGCGAUCUGCACCGCCACGUCUCUGGAUGCCGGACUGCGGCCUCUUAGUGAACCUGACGUUCGGGGGCCACGCGCUGAAGUAUCACCACCGUUGGACCGCCGGAAUGGUGUUAUUCUCCGCUCAGCGCACAAGCUCUUCCUCCGCCUCUUCCACAAGCAUUCCCUCUUGCCACUGCGCAGAGCCUCCCAGCCCCUCUCCACUCGCCAUCUCCACUCCCCUCUGUCCGAUCGGGCUCUUGCUCAGUCGAUGGAAUCAGAUGAACAGAGCACGGAGUUGGGCGUUCUGACGCUGGCAGAGGGCUUUGAAUCGACCUCCUUUUCAACUGCCACUGCGGCAUCUGCCUCACCGUCCGUACCACCUUUUUACACUUCCUCCGAAUGGAAUCGACCCCCGCUGCCAGGUCCGCUGUGGCGUAUGAGCCCUGUCGAUGCAACUGUUGGCUUGCUCUUUGAGCCCACUGACGGUCUGACGGUCUCUCGAGAUUGGAGGCUUGCUAUCUGUCAGGAAGAGGCAGAAGGGACGCCUCCCACCGAAUGGCGUGGUUGUCGUGCCACCUGGGGUGUCUCGGAGAGCCCACAUUCCUCCAACACUGUCCUCUCAUUCGGUCCACGUCGAUUAUUCUUCGAAGUGCGUCUGAAUGGAAACGAACCAAUUCGAAACGCCAGCCUCAUUCUCGGUGAAGAUACGCAGGGGUUCGCCUAUCAGACAUCAUCCAUUCUCCCUUUGCUAAACGAAAACACGAUGAAUGAGGGUUGGUUCAAGGUUGCGUCUGGUGGGGAGGGGGGAAAAGAGAGUCAGUCACACUCCGGCUCACUGAUAAUUGGUGGCGCCAGUGUCGAUGUGAUCGGCUCAGGCCAGGGUGAUGUGAUUGGUUGCUAUCUUGACCUCGACGUUCGACUGGCUCAUUGGACGAAAAAUGGUGUAACUGCUGCCGAUAUGACUAUUUCUAUCGCCCGAUUCCCUUCAGGAACAGUUUUCUUUCCGGCUUGUGCCAUUAGAAACUCUUCCAUAACUUUCAAUUUUGGUGACACACCAUUCGCUUAUGGACCAAUGCUUUUGACCGGGGAGCACUCGAAUUCGAAUUGGUUGCCACUGGGAUCAGCCAAUCUCAUUGCGGAAAUAGCUGGUUGGGACUCCACCAGCCCCACUGCAGCGAGCCAUCUUCCAAUUCGUCUUACUCCAAAUCCUCGCAGUGGUUGGCAUCUUAUUUCCAGCAAUUCUCCCGGGUCUAUACUCUCUCCCGACGGACUCUGCGUUCGUGCUCUUCUUCAUUCUGGUUGGCAGACUCUUCGAGCCUCGGAAUCGAUCCCACCUUUGAUAGAGGUGGCGACAAAGAACUCAUCGCAUUCAAAUUCUCAACUUCCCAGUGUUUAUUUCGAGGUGCGUCUGUUGGAGUCCCUGAGUGCCACGCCCGGAGCCGGUGUUUUCGUGGGAUUCUCCACAUCACCCUCCUCCUCUUACCCUACCACCAAUACCACCGCCAUCUCUUCUGCCUUUCCUAUCGGCUCAGAAUGUGUCAGUACUUUUGGGAUUCUUUCCGAGCAGAUCUCAAAUAACCAAACAUAUCUGGUUCAUGCGGGAAUUAAGCGACCCUAUGGGAAGGGACUACACAAGGGCGACAUAAUCGGUUGCACUCUGAACUUACAAAUCGGUUUGGUCUUCUGGUCCGUCAACGGUGAAUGCCUUGGCUAUAUAGUGCAGAUCUGCGCGUCGCAUUCGACUAUCAGUGCUACCACCACCAACGCCACUGGCGACGACGUGAUUACCAUACCUCUGAGGAGGGAUCAGCGGGGUCUCCCCUUCACUCCCAUCUUCUGCCUUGCCAACACCUCCGUCGAGGUGAACUUCGGCGAUGGAGCCAUGCCUCUGAAGCACAUCAAUAAGCACACCAACUGCAUUCCUCUGUGCCACUAUCAACGCCUGCUAGAUGGCUGUAGUCUGGUGCAAAACCUCCCAUCAUCACUUCAAGCACCGCAUUUGGCUUCACAAAAAAAGGGAUCGCCGCCAAACCACCGACAUCACUCGUUUGCUCAUUGCCGUGUCUCAGUCAAUCAGAGUGGGGGAAAUGGCCAUCUAUCCCCUCAUGCCUCCCUUGGAGUUCACAAGUCCGCCUCUUGUCUCUCUGCUCCCGCCGCCGCUACUAUGCAGAAUCUACUGGUUCCAACAGAUAUCUUGGACGCUCUUACCAUUCUGCAAUCAAGGAUCCCACUGGUCCCCGUGACGACUCGUCUUUGGCGCCGCGAUUCUGCUGAACCCGUGCCACGGAAACCAAUCACCUCACCAACCUUCGCGGCUCCUUGGUCACGAGCCAAUCAGGUGCUGCCAAUCGUACGCACCCAUCGUAUCGCCGUCUCCACAUGGCCUCCAACCGCUGGCAUCCUGGAGACCGAUAUUGACAAUGACUCUGCAUUGUCAUCAGCGGCGACAGCGAUGAGGGCGAUUGCGAUGAAUGGUAGUCUCCGUCGCUCUGCUUCGGAUAACAUGCAGCGAGCUCUGGUUCGUCACCUCUGUGGGCAAUCGCGACAGAAUAGCGUCUCCGCUGCCGACCAGUCAUCAUCCUCCUCGCUGGUUGAGCGGCGCAUGGCACAAAUCCCGCUGGUCCCAACUCGAAUUGUUCACACGCGGGCUUAUACCAGCAAACCAUCGGUGCUCUGUUCCCCAAUUGAGCAUGAGGAGAACAAAAAUGAAGCGAAGGAAUCGAUUGUCAUGACUGUGGAAGUUGGUGAAGAAACAAUUGCCAGACGACGCCAUGUUACGGACCCAACUCUACCUCCCUCUACAGCUGAGGAUGACUGCUACAUCACCAGCCCACCACUAGCAGAAGUAGUGUGA